UUCAGGAGAGAGUCAAGGAGGAAGAAAUCAGAGCAUGAGUCCUCAAGCCCCUGGGUAAAAUGAUCCGUUUCAAGGGCAGAUCUCUGCCCAGGUAGAACAGAGGCUUCUCCAGCAUAAUGCAUCCUUUCCUUUCACAUGUCUUUCAGAACUGGUUAAAGUCCUAUGGCUAUCUGCUUCCCUAUGAUUCACGGGCAUCUGCGUUGCACUCAGGGAAGGCCUUACAGUCAGCUGUCUCCACUAUGCAGCAGUUUUACGGGAUCCCAGUCACCGGUGUGUUGGAUCAGACAACAAUCGAAUGGAUGAAGAAACCCCGAUGUGGUGUUCCUGAUCACCCCCACUUGAGCCGUAGGCGGAGAAACAAGCGUUAUGCCCUCACUGGACAGAAGUGGAGGCAGAAACACAUCACCUACAGCAUUCACAACUAUACCCCAAAGGUGGGUGAGCUAGACACACGGAAAGCUAUUCGCCAGGCUUUUGAUGUGUGGCAGAAGGUGACCCCACUGACCUUUGAAGAGGUGCCAUACCAUGAGAUCAAAAGUGACCGGAAGGAGGCAGACAUCAUGAUCUUCUUUGCUUCUGGCUUCCAUGGAGACAGUUCCCCAUUUGAUGGGGAAGGCGGAUUCCUGGCUCACGCCUACUUCCCUGGCCCCGGAAUUGGAGGAGACACUCACUUUGACUCAGAUGAGCCAUGGACAUUAGGAAACGCCAACCAUGAUGGGAAUGACCUCUUCCUGGUGGCUGUGCACGAGCUGGGCCACGCACUGGGAUUGGAGCACUCCAACGACCCCAGCGCCAUCAUGGCACCCUUCUACCAGUACAUGGAGACACACAACUUCAAGCUGCCUCAGGAUGAUCUCCAGGGCAUCCAGAAGAUUUACGGACCCCCAGCCGAGCCCCUGGAGCCCACAAGGCCCCUCCCCACGCUCCCUGUCCGCAGGAUCCAUUCACCGUCUGAGAGGAAGCAUGAGCGCCAGCCCAGGCCUCCUCGGCCACCCCUCGGGGACAGGCCAUCCACACCCGGUGCCAAGCCCAACAUCUGUGAUGGCAACUUCAACACAGUGGCUCUCUUCCGGGGCGAGAUGUUUGUGUUUAAGGAUCGCUGGUUCUGGCGCCUGCGCAAUAACCGGGUGCAGGAGGGUUACCCCAUGCAGAUCGAGCAGUUCUGGAAGGGCCUGCCUGCCCGCAUAGAUGCAGCCUAUGAAAGGGCUGAUGGAAGAUUUGUCUUCUUCAAAGGUGACAAGUACUGGGUGUUUAAGGAGGUGACAGUGGAGCCCGGGUACCCCCACAGCCUGGGGGAGCUGGGCAGCUGUCUGCCCCGAGAAGGCAUUGACACGGCUCUGCGCUGGGAACCCGUGGGCAAGACCUACUUUUUCAAAGGCGAGCAGUACUGGCGCUACAGCGAGGAGCGGCGGGCCACAGACCCUGGCUACCCCAAGCCCAUCACCGUGUGGAAGGGCAUCCCACAGGCUCCCCAAGGGGCCUUCAUCAGCAAGGAAGGAUAUUACACCUAUUUCUACAAGGGCCGGGACUACUGGAAGUUUGACAACCAGAAACUGAGUGUGGAGCCCGGCUACCCACGCAACAUCUUGCGUGACUGGAUGGGCUGCAACCAGAAGGAGGUGGAACGGCGCAAGGAGCGGCGGCUGCCCCAGGACGACGUGGACAUCAUGGUGACCAUCAACGACAUGCCAGGCUCUGUGAAUGCGGUGGCCGUGGUCAUCCCCUGCAUCCUGUCCCUCUGCAUCCUGGUGCUGGUCUACACCAUCUUCCAGUUCAAGAACAAGGCAGGCCCUCAGCCUGUCACCUACUAUAAGCGGCCAGUCCAGGAGUGGGUGUGAGCAGCCUAGAGCCCUCUCUGUCCACUCAGUCUGGCCAGUCAGGCCCUUCCUCACCAGGGUCUGAGGGGCAGCUCUGGUCACUGCCCACUGGAGCCAGCAGGGCCCUAGGCUAGGGGUCAUGUAGUUGAAGUGGUGGGCGCAUUGGCCUAGGAUGAACGUGGGGCAGGGAGUGAUGGCAGCUGUGCCCCAGGGUGUGUGCCUGGCACCCAGAUGCCAGCCUUCUGUCCUGGGUAAACUGCUCCCUACUCAAGGGAAUAGGCCAGGCCCCAUGCCAGGUGGAGGCCCUGUGGUCACUGCAUCCUGUGGUGUCCAUGAGACGCCACAGCUUGGUUCCUGGCUGGACCCAGCACCUUCUGUGGGAAGCCAGCACUAGUGCUCUCGGUCCCAUCUGGGAGAAGCCACCAGUCCUGGUCCCUCUUUGCCAACACCUGCUGGUCAGAUGUCCCCCCACCCCCACCCCACUGUUCUCCAAGGCUACAGGACCCCUGCUGCCAACACAGUGGGCAACAAGACGGGUUUCCCCUGCUGGCAUGCAGCAGAUCCCUCAGGAAACCUGCUCCACACAUCAGGGUCUCCUCUGAGACCCAGGAUUUAGGGUCACAUGCUGCAGGCAGGGCUGUGGCCCAGCCGGGUCUCACAAGGACCCAGCUGUCACAUCUUGAACAUUUAAAUGUCCUGUCUCUACUGUUUAAAGUCCCAUUCUGCAAAGGCUGCUUGAGGCUUUAGGUGAAUUAGAGGUGACUGUCUUGGUGAUGAGGCCGGGUGACAGGCCAUGCCCCAGGUGAUAAGGACCACGGUGCUGCUAAGGCCACUCUAACACCCAGACACCCCAGGAGCCAGGCCCUCCUCCUGAGGCUAAAGCACUGGGGCAGGAGCUGACCCUAUUUCUGGAGGCUGAUCUGAGUUUGUGACCAUCCUCCACUCUCCUUACUUUCUCCCCAUUCCCUCAGUCUCUAGCAGCACCCCAGCCUGUAGCUUGUGGCCUGGGGGCUCAGCCUGACUGGUUACGUGAGGCAGAAAUGGCUUCAGGCCAACAUCCUCAUGGCCUUGGGUAAGGGAGUCAGGGCAGCCUUCUCAAGUGCUCAGAGCCCAUACCCCCCACGUACCCUGAGGCCCACUCAAUCCCUCAGACUGGAACCAGUGUUCAUAUCAUGAGCUUGGCCCUUGCUAACCCAGCUCUCUAGGCCAUUUUCCUGCGUUGCUCUUUGGAAAAGAGCACCCCCAUGGGUAGUGGCCCCAAGCCUAGGGGCCCACCCUACAGUCUCUGGCAGGAAUUCCUAGGGCUCAGCUUGCCUCACUCCAACCCAGUAGAGGCAGCCCUACUUAUCACUGAGAAGCCCUGGGCAAGACCAAUGGGUUCAGUGAUGCCCGCUGGCUCUCUGCCAAAUCCAGGAGGUGGUAUCAGUCCUCAGGAUGCUGCCACCCUGGCCCUCUGAGCCUACAAGGACCUUGCCCCCACCCUGUGACCUCUGGUCUUUGGGUCAGCUUAACCUGUAGGAGACAGGGACUUCUGUUGCCCUGGGAGCUGUCUGUCUAAAGCAAAAUCUCUUGUCCCAGAGGCACCUAUUGGGCUCC